CCAACAAUAGAAUAUGAAGGUUUCUGACCUUAAUGUCUAGGGUUCUGACCUGGCUCCUCUAAUCAAAAGGUAAAGAUAUGUGUAACGUUUCAUUUUUUUAAAGCAAAAAAUAGACCGUGUGUGAAUGUCAACGUUUCGUCCCGUUUGCCACCGUCUAUUUCGAGUGUUUGUAGAGGCUGAAAAUUGUGUUGCCUUCGUUCCAUCCACACCAAGCUAGCUCGCGCUAGAUAUUGUUAUGGGAAAGGCUGUUCAUUGUAAUGACAGAUGGACGUGAAGACGGUUCUGCAAUUCGCCGCCACCACAAGAGGCUUGUCACUACUAAUACAGGCUCUCUUAAAUGCUGCAAUCCCAGAUCACGAAGCUGAUGCAUUCACUCCUCCACGUGCAGAGGAGCCUCGGCUUCUGGACCCUGCAGUGCAAUGGUUUCUAGGGGGCCUUUCCCACUGGGAUGCAGAGCAUUUCCUCUUCAUUGCUGAGAGGGGUUACCUGUAUGAGCACAACUACGCCUUCUUCCCCCUGUUCCCUGUCAUACUGCGGGGGCUUGCAGAGACUAUACUACGGCCCCUCAGUGGCUGUCUUACACUGCGUGGACGCCUGCUACUGGCUGUUGCCUUUGGUAACAGCGCCCUCUUCCUGCUGAGUGUGGUAGCACUGUAUGGACUCGGCCGUGUGGUGCUGCAGGACCGGCGUCUUGCUCUUGUCUCAAGUUUGCUCUACUGUCUCACCCCUGCCAAUGUCUUCAUGAUGGCUGGUUACUCAGAGAGCCUGUUUGCUGCACUGACCUUCGGUGGCCUCUUUCUCCUUGAGAGAGGAUACACCCUCAGAGCCUGCCUGGCUCUGAGUAUAGCUACUGCUGCGAGAGCCAAUGGACUUGUGAAUGUAGGAUUCUUGCUGUAUCUGCCCCUGCAACAGGCCCUGUCUAAGAUCUGGGUACUGCGUAAGGACAAUAACAGGCACCACAAAUGCCUCCACUACACCUGGAUCGUCGCUCGUCUCCUGUUCACGGCUGCAUUGGGCACAGCAGUUAUUGGGCUCCCCUUCUUGGUCUUCCAGUACUAUGGGUACAGGGUGUUCUGUACACCCUCCCUCUCCUUGGAGCAGGUUUCCCCUGCCCUCAUCCAGCUUGCUGAGGAUAAAGGCUACAGGGUCCCUGACGAAAACGCGCCCCCACCCCUCUGGUGCCUGCGACCCCUCCCCUUGCUCUACUCUCAUAUCCAGGAUGUGUAUUGGGAUGUGGGCUUCCUGCGCUACUUCCAGCUUAAGCAGAUACCCAACUUCCUGCUGGCGCUGCCCAUGGCAACUCUGGGCAUAGCGGCGGCCUACAUAUACUAUAGGGCUAACCCAGCCAGGUGUCUGAGACUGGGGCUGUGGGACGGAGGGGCAAAUAAACGUCCAGACAAACCCACACCUGGAUUUUACAGCCCCAGGGUGUUUUUGUAUGUGGUGCAUGCUACAAUGCUCCUGGGAUUUGGAACAUUCUGCAUGCAUGUGCAGGUUUUGACCCGGUUUCUGUCUUCCUCCUCCCCUGUACCUUUCUGGAUCAGUGCCCACCUGCUCUUACUCUACGAGCCCCUCCUUCAGCGAAGGUCACCACCCACAUACAAUAAGGGGCAGCAGCGGGGGACACCUAGGACUGUCUUCUUGUACUUACCCCAAAACCCCAUUGUUCAUCUACUGUCCCGCUGGAAGACAUGCUCUAUUCCCACACGAUGGAUUCUAGGGUACUUCAUCUCCUAUUGGCUUAUGGGCCUGGCACUGCACUGUAACUUCUUACCAUGGACUUGACCUGACACUUUCUACUGAAGUGUGCACAAAAUACUAUUUGAGGGCAAUAAUAAUAGCUCUGAAGCGUGUCAUUUUCUGCCUGCUUCAUAAAUAGACAGUUCCGUUUUGAGAUCGCAACUGGCUACUCCCCUCUGUUAGUGUUAGGCAAUAAGGUUCAAGCGUUUUAUUUGCACUCAUCUCAUUUUCAGAAAAUUGCGUAUUUCUUUAACAAGAAAAACAUUGGAUUGAUUCGUAAUCCAGCAUUGAUGCACUGAUUAUUCCAUUCACUUAAAGGUUCCAUUAUAUCAAAUUGUCUCUGAAAAUGUACAGGGUGCAGUUUGUGCUUUAAGUGCAUGUGUUAUUGUAUUUUUUGUUUACUAAAGAGAUACUGUGUAAUAAAGUA